GCGCCCCGCCACCCCCCGGAACACCCUACUCGCCUCUGCUGCCUCUCGUAGCGCCCCGCCCGGACCUGCUGCUGCUGCUGCUGCGGGUCGCAGCGCGACCGCGAGAAUAUGUGGCACUCCUACUCGGCGGCGAUCGCCCUGCUGCUGGUCCUCGCGGCUGCCAGCACACCUGGCCAUGCCAGUGGCAACCUGGGGAGCCUGUUCUCCAUGUUCAUGAAGGGGCUCGGUGGUGGCGGCGGCGGCGGUGGCAGCAGCAGCUACCUGCCCCCUGCCCAGAGCGCACCCCGCACGAGCUACGGGCCUCCAAGCCAGGCCAGGCCUCCCAGCACGAGCUACGGGGCCCCCAGCCAGUCUAGCUACCGCCCGCCCAGCUCUAGCUACGGAGCCCCCAGCCGUCCGUCGAGUGGUGGCAGCUCCGGCAACAGUUUAGGCGGCCUAAACUUAGGAAGCCUGUUUAGUAAAUUUAGCGGUGGAGGUGGCGGCGGCGGUGGAGGAAAGG